AUGAGCAACCAGUGGAACAACGAUCCCCAGCAGCAGGCCAAGCAGGCGCUGCGCAACCUGCAGCGCAUUGGCGGCGGCGGUCGCGGCAAUGCGCCCAAGGGCGCCAUCGGCGCAACCGGGCUCCUCGUUGGCCUGGGUGCCUUGGCCUGGGUGGCCAACACCUCUCUAUACAACGUCGACGGCGGACACCGCGCAAUCAAGUAUUCGCGCGUCAGCGGCGUGCAGCCGGAUAUCUACGGUGAGGGCACACACGUGCGGCUGCCCUGGCUCGAGAUGCCCAUCAUCUACGACGUGCGCGCCAAGCCCACCAGCAUCCAGUCGCUGACCGGCACCAAGGACUUGCAGAUGGUCAACAUUGUUUGCCGUGUGCUCUCGCGCCCCGACCAGGCGUCGCUGCCGCGGAUCUACCGCACGCUGGGCACUGAUUAUGACGAGCGUGUUCUGCCGUCGAUCAUCAACGAGGUUCUGAAGAGCGUCGUUGCGCAGUUCAAUGCCUCGCAGCUGAUCACCCAGCGCGAUCGCGUCAGCCGUAUGAUUAGGGAGAACUUGACUAAGCGCGCGCUCAAGUUCGACCUGGUUCUCGACGACGUGUCGCUGACGCACAUCACCUUCAGCCCCGAGUUUGCCUCUGCCGUCGAGGCGAAGCAGAUUGCGCAGCAGGAUGCCCAGCGUGCAGCGUUUAUUGUCGAUCGCGCCAAGCAGGAGAAGCAGAGCACGAUUGUGCGGGCCGAUGGUGAGGCCAGGUCGGCCGAGCUCAUUGGCGAGGCUAUCAAGAACCAGCCUGGCUUCCUUGAGCUGCGCCGGAUUGAGACUGCGCGUGACAUUGCCCACAUCCUGCAGAAGUCUGGUAACCGCCUGGUGCUCGACGCCAGCAGCCUGCUGCUGAACGUGACCGAGUCGUCAUCGGUCGAGAACCCCAGGAGAUGA